GUUUUAAGUAUACUUAAUGUUUGAAUCUUUCAACAGUAAUAAUUUAUGUGGUACACUUUUCCGCGGUCUAUUUGGCCCGUGUUUUCCAUUUAUGUAUUUUGGGAUUGGUUCUAGACUUGUGUCACUCAAUUAUGUUGUGCUUAUUUUUACCUUUCUCUGGUUAUCUGUGUUAAGCAAUCAUUUUGACAUCCCAGUUGUAGAUAAUUUUAAAUACUCUGAAAACCACUCUGAAUUGCUUGACGAGUCAACUGGGUUUUCCUACGAUCCUAGGAGUCCUUUAGUUAAAUGCUCUUAUCUUCCUCGCCAUUCCAUAUGGUGUGAACCUCCCCUAGAUUUAAGGAGUAAUAAGUCCCAUUAUGAAGAAUUGAAAUAUGGAUGCUUGAAAUGGGGCGGAAAAGCAACAAAUUCAGUCAUGCUAACAUCACUUGUGUGUCACGCUUUGGACAACAUCGAGUGUUAUGGAAAUCGUACAUUCUUGUUACCCAACUACCCCUGUCUUCAUUACAAAGGACACUAUUUUGUAACAACGUUCAUAUACAGUUUACUACUAGGAUUUCUCGGCGUUGAUCGACUAUGCUUGGGUCACAUAGGUACAGGUGUCGGUAAACUCGUAACAUUGGGAGGUGCUGGUAUGUGGUGGAUAGUGGAUAUUGUUCUUCUCAUUCGUGGUGACUUGGGCCCAGCUGAUGGGAGUUCUUGGAUGCCAUUUUACUAGAUUUUUGUAAAAUUGCUGAUUAAAAACUUAGUUUAUGUUGUCUUGUUUUGUUUUCAAGGUAUUGUCUGAUCUAAAAAUUACAUACUGAAUAAAUUUGAAUGUCAGCGAGUGAUUUUCGUCUACUUGAUGAUGACACUCAGUUCAUGGACAAGUACCCUAAUGGGCUUUCUUUGGCUGAUUUACUACCAUUUUACGACUCCAUUGCUAAGAAUGAACCGCUUAAAUUAGAAUGGGUAUGUCCGGGGAAAAUCGAUCCAAACGUUCAGAGGGAAACAACUACAACUCGUACUGAAACAAAUGAUAAUCCUAUCCCGAAGGUCCCAGAAUCCUUAACUAGUAUUGUAAAAUUAAAAGAGUUCGACUUUGAUGAGUCUCCAAAUCAACCAUCUAUUCCUUCGGUUCCACUUGGUGCUGCUGCUCAAAAUGCAAACUUACCACUUAGACGUCUAGCUGGCACUUCCAGACAUCCACCUCGUCAACCGCGUGUAGCUAGUAUGGAUAAAAUAUUAAAUGACUUUUUCAAAACACGCAAAGAGCCUUCUUCCCCUGCAGUCGUGACCGAAAUAUCCACUUCAACUAUUGCUUCAAGUACUGUACAACAUUGUACUCAAUCGUCUGAACUUUCUCAGGGAGUUAGUUUUCCCACCGAUACAAACAACAACAAUAAUAAUAAUAAUAAUCCCGAACAAGAUAAACAAGAAGCUCUUGCCGUUGCAUUAGCUAAAACUUCAGUGACGCCACAAGUUGUUUAUAAUCAAUCAGAUAAUGUACCUUCCGGUUUCACACCAUAUGACAAUCCUAAUAUACAAACUUCUUCAGCUGGUCAGCUUUCCGCUUCUAUUGUAAACAAUAAUGAAGAAAAAAUAAUGGACUGUCAUAAAUUAGGAGAAACUGACCUUUUUCCUAAUAAAACUAAUUCUUCCGACUUUUCUACUACUAUGAACAUUUCAGACAUCUCAGUCGCUUCUAUUAAUGUAAAUAAUGUGUUCCAACGUGAGAAUGAAGCACACUAAGAUUACUUGGUAGAUGUGACAUAAAUCUAAGCCAACCAAAUAUAAUUUCAAACUAUGCCAACUAAAUAAUAGCGUCUUUUUAUAAUAUUUAUUGAACAAGAAUACAAAUACAUAACUGUACAUAACAUUUUUAUGUAUAAUAAAUUUCGUG